AUUUCCAUUUUACCAAACUACACGCCCACAGUGAUUUCACUGAGACUUGUUACUGCAGUUAAGUAAAAUAAACAUUGUUACCACAAUAGGAACAGUUCAAUGAAGAAACUAUCAACCUAUACAAACUAAUUUAACAUUAGCAGAGGAARAGUUUCCAACAUUUACUGCUGCUGCCACAGGGGAUUAAAAAAUAAACCAAAAAGGAACAGCCUAUGAAUCCUUGUGCUACUAAUUUUAAAGCAAUUUCAACAUCUGGGGGUGAAUGUUACUGCAUGCCAGUUACAUGCACGUGGGAAAUGAAACGUAUUCUUGAGGAAAAUCACGGCCAGAAAUGUUAUUUCUCUUGGAGAAAUACCUGCUGAGGAGCCUUUUAGAGCUUUAGAAGACCCAGUUGAUCACUGAGUUUGGAAAGAGUUUCCAAYCCGCUCCCUUUUGCUCAUGAGUGGGCAGCUCCCCUCCACAGGAGUUCUUGCUGGAGAGGCACCAUCCCGGCGCUCGUACCUAAUGAGAUUCCUGCGUGUGCGGGGAGUCCSCUUCCAGGCGGGGCGGAGAGCGUCGGGCCCGCCCCCGGCGCUAUAAAUCAGCACCUGGGGSUGGUGAGUGUCCAGAGCGCGGUGCGGAGCCGAGGGCCGCCAUGGGAGCCGGGCGAGUGCCGGGAUUGCUGCUGUUGCUGGUUGCGCUACUGACAGUGCCUAGAGCCCGAGCGGAGAGCUGUGGGGAGGGACAGUACUUCCAUGAAGGUCGCUGCUGUGUGUUUUGUGAAGCAGGUACUUUUGUUGCUGACCACUGCAGUGCUUCGCAUUUAAGAGGAAAAUGUGAACCUUGCAGUGAAGGAAAAGAUUAUACUGCCCACGAGAACGGCUUGGAGGAAUGCUUGCCAUGCAGACAGUGCAAAGAUGAUCAGAUAACUGUGAGACCCUGUACUCUGACACAGGAUGCUGAAUGCCAGUGCAAACCAGGGUAUUUCUGUGCUGAUGAGGGCUGUGAAAUAUGUCAGAGACAAAAUCGAAAGUAUCCRGAUGGGAAAGAGAUUGUUCCAAAUUGCAAUGCUACUACAGGUCCAGAAUGUGACUUACCCAAUCAAGGGAGCAGAGAUCAUAUUUGGGUUAUUCCAGCUUUUGUGAUUGCUCUUUUGUGUGUGCUAAUCAUGGUUGCUCUUAAAAAGCUGAAAUGUGAUAAAGCUAUGUCAACUGCUAAGGAUGCAGAGGGAGGCCUGAAGUCUGAGGGCUGUACUGAAAACCUCAUUUUAUCAGAAAGGAGCCCGGAGGAUGAGAACUCUGCUGUGAGCCCAGAGAGCCAAGCACUAACCAGUGUUAGCCUGGAAGUAGAAAACAGCUCACCAGAGGAAAAUGGUGUGAUUCCUCAGCAGGGCACUGUCUCACACAGGGGCUGUGAGUGCCCCAUGAUGGUGGGGUCCAAGAGGGCUCCCGAGUCUUCAUUGCCAGCAAAAUGUGUCCAGAAAUCUAUUUUUCAGUGGAACAGCUCAUCUAAAGUACCCCAUGGGACUCCAGCAAAUUGUAAGGUGCGAAAAGCAAAGUGUCAGAUAAUUGUUAAAGAUCUCUCUCCAAGGGAACUGAUGGAUACCUUUGAGGCCUUUAUAACGGGAGUACCACCAAAACAGUGGAAGCGGCUUAUGAGAACUCAUCUGCAGGAAAAUGAUAUUGAAAAAACUAUUUCUAGAUUUCCUGAUAAUAGAGAAGAACAAUCCUAUCAGAUGCUUCUCAUGUGGAGAAACACAUUGGGAGAGAAACAAUGUAUUAUUAAUUUACUGAAUGAGCUGAGGCGUAUAGAUUCCAAGGCUUGUGACAAUAUAUCAAACACUUUAAAAAGUAGAAACUUAAUAAGUGAAGUAGAAGUUGCAGAUUAAUGUUUAUGAUGAACUGCAAAAAUGCUCCUGUGUUUGUAAGCACAAACAUGUGUUAACUUCCUUUAAAUAUGAAUGUCAGGAACUGCUCAUAGAAAUGAGGGCAUGGAGUUGAUACUCCUCACCUCAUGCAGAGAGCUGGAAGGGACUUAAUGCCUUUGCUCGUUUACAUGGAUAUUCCAGCUGUGACCUACUCCAAGGGCUUUUGAGUUAUUAGGUAUUAAACUCAGAUGCUGGAUACCCACUUGGGAGCCAGGARCUCAUGCUUCCCUUUGUAAGUGGCAGUGCUGUGCUGCCCAACUGGGGUGGUGGGGACCGAGAGAGCACUGCUGUUUUUGAGAAGAGUAUUGUGAUACUUUGGAUUCUGAGAUGAUUUUGCUUUGUAUCUGACUGCUCAGCAUCAUUAUGUUUGAAGCACAGCAAUAAAAACCUGGUGGAG